AUGUUCUUCAACAAGUCUGUCUUGGCCGCUACUCUGGCCGUUUUCGCCUCCGGCGUUGUCGGCCAGUUGAUCAACAUCGAAUACGGCACCAGCGAAUAUGACGCCCAGACGCAACAAAUUCAAUUGCAAGACUUUGAGAAGCUCGACUAUCCCGGUACUUACUCCUACUUCUCUACCCCCGAUAUCUGCGAUCUGUACAGCAACAGCGAGAGCGACGCCACUCUCUCGGAGGUCAGUGGCAGCAGCGAGAUUCCUUCGACGUACAUUGAAGCUGUGUACUGCUACACCUAUGAGCAGGAGGAAGGGCUGCUGUAAAUGAGUUAUGUCAUGGGUUUGGAUAUAUGAAUGGGCAUGUUGAUCAAUGAGUGUGUACGCUAUAUGCAGGGGAUGGAUAAAUAUAAUAAUAUAUAUGCUUAGACGUGUUUAUGUGUAUGCGUAUAGUGUUCGAUAAGAUCGUCUACUAUUAUUCCUCUCUCCAAGAAUCUCUCGAAUUGCUGAUUCAUACAGAGAAAACUUCUCAAAAGUCCCCCAGCUUAAUCUCACCUUGACUGUUGAUUACCG